AUGUUUCCUUGGUCUGCUGUUUUCUCCCUCGAGCCCAAAGUGCCCGGCCAGCGCAGCACUGAGGAGCUGGUAACCAACACUCUGAUGCUGGAGCUGGGGGCCAUGGUGAAGCGCACUGAACGCAUUCGUUUGGAGAGGGCGACGGAGGGUCGCCGUCGCCGCCGCAGCUCUUCCUCCACAGCUGACUACAGCUGGCUGGCGAGCGCGCCGACCCCGCAGCCCUACGAGCUCACUCCCAAUGACCUGCUGGAGCUGCAGGACCUCUGUGCCAAGAUCCCUCCUGCACAGUGUGGCCCCGCAAUCGUUAGGUUCAGAAGACUGGUGUCGCAGAUGGAGCCCGAGGUUCACGAGGUUCCCCGGCUGUUUCGCUCAGUGCUGCGUGAGUGCGCAGAUGAGACAAGUGGGAACGACGUCGUUCAGACUCAGGACCCAGUGUAUGAGAAGCAGCAGCGCAGCAAGAGUCUGUCUUUCGUUACUUUUCGCACAAAGUUCCGCACUGGGCAUUUCUUAAAGGGCAGCAGCAUGAGAGGCUCCAGGGGGAAUCUGCAGCAGCAGGUGGAUUGGUCCGAUGAAGAAGAGGAUGGAGAAGGGGAGGAGGAAGCCAUCAAGGCCCGGGCGAGGAAGGGAAGGAGCAAGAGCAUGCCAGAGAUCACCCCUUUGGAGCAGAGUGCUCAGGGUUGA